AAAAGACCCCAGAGACAUCGCCUGCUCGGCGAUCCGCAAAAUUCACCUCUACUCUUUCAUCACGUGCUCCUGUGCUCCUGCAGCUGGGGCAAGUUGUGUUAUGGACCAUAGAUGUUGGUAAGACUUGACCAAUGUAUCGUGCCUAACGCGGGGAAUCCCCACUCCAGAAAUAGAAAUGAUGUGAUCCUUCCUCGUGAGUCGUCCUCCUACCUCGUCCUGUGGCCACCACCCCGCCACUCCAUACAUUACCUACGGAAGGGCAUUGUGAUGGGAACGAGGGUGAGACAUCGUAAGACAGCAUUACAACACAACUGUCGAAGGUCGCGACUAUUUCACAGAUGUGCCACUCCAAUCGCAGCGAAAAUUAGAGUGCUUGGAUUCCAAUACCCUUCCUUUAGCACAGUGAAACCACUUCUAGUGUUGAAACUUGAGCGUCACGUUUGCAGUCAGCUAACAUACAACAAGAUCAUGGUAGAAGGAAGUAUUCGCUCGUACGAUCCACUGGCGUACCAUGUCAACAAUGUGAAGGACAUCCGACCAGACAUAGUGAGGGCCCAUCGUGAAAAUGACACCGAAGAAAUCAAGCGGCUGCUGGCGGAGGGGGAGCCGAGUGACUACGAUGUCUUCAUCUGCGUCAACGAGGGUUGGCACGCCUUCGUGCUGUGUGCUCCAGCUAACGAAGUGACCCCGGAAAAUGACCCACUAAACGUCUUCCAGGACAUGCCGAUUCAUGACCCGUUCGCCAUCCCCAACCAACUCCUCGUCUGGGCGGCCGAGCUGCGCUUCGAGUCAGCCCAGCAGAGGAUGUAUAAGAUUCGCUUCAAGCUGUCGAUGUAUGGAGAGAUGAAAUCCAAGAUCAAGCGAUGCUUCUAUAUCGGCAAGUACAAGCGCGUGCCAGUGAGCGGGUUACAGUUGGCUAUUCUCAGGGCUUCCCCGAGACGCUACAAAGUCCUACUGGACGACUGUGUGGAGUUCGCUAAGACCUUCUGCUACGAGCUGCUCUCCUUCAGCGACAACGGGCGAGAGAUCGAGAAGUUAGUCGAGGAACAGCUAAACAAAGCCUCUGGCUCGGGGUUCAGUGUGGAAGUCCUUUCGCGUAGGGUCCGAAGUUCAGGCCUGGUGGGCAACACGUUCUUCGGAGGGCUUGACGCGUCCGCCUUCCUCGGCGACGUACAGUGCCCAAGGGGUGUCGUUUGUGUUACACUAGUGAUGUUUCUGACGGUAUACCCAAUAGUGGUAACCCUGCUGGUCCUUUACUUCAAAGGGUCGUAACUUUGACGGAAGGGAUACAUUUGUAAAGUUGAUAGUAGGGACCAUAGUGUCCAUACUUAAUGGCUAUGAAAUAGGACACUUUUAAUUGAUAUAAUGAGUUUCACAUUCCUUUAUUUCUCUAAUUCCUAGCACAAAAACUGUGUAUCCAUGUCUCUUCAGUUCAGCAUCUCAGAAAUUGAAUUUUUCUGGCCAAGGAAAUUGGGUGUAAAAGCUUUCAAGCUUGUUCGGAAAUCUGACCAAACUGCAUUUUUUCAAUGCCUUCAACGACCAGCUUUCAUUCCAUCUGGUUUGGUCGGCUUGUUUUUCAGUGUGUACCACGCCACACAAACACUCUUUUCUUGUCACAUGAAUUCAAUGUCACUUUUAUUUUACUAUUCAGCACACAGGUGACCACCAGUAGAUUGUUUAGGGGUGUGUACUAAUUAAACUAUACGAUAUAGUAAAUUCACAAAGGACUUCUUUGUUGCUCCAAGCACUCUCAAGUUUCUUUUUACCAAUCGAUUCAGUACGAUGUAAUUAAUAGAGAUUGUUGCACAGUUGUAUCAAUUUCUUCAAAAAGUUAUCAAUAAGUCAGUAAUUAAACAAGUAAACAGCGCAUAUAAAGUGUUAUGGUGUAAAAUUAAUAACCUUGGUACUAUAACAUAGAACACCACCAAAACGCUUGCCUUUUAGUUAUCGCUGAAAUGAAAUUGAUUUUGGUUUUUAAGUUAUUCAGAAAACACGUCACCAUUGGUUGUAAAUAGCGCAUACAGUAGAUGAUGUUUUCUGAAUGAAAAGACUUGCUAUUGCAGAAUAUCAUGCACAUGCAGAAACAGCUGCAGUCGCUAAAAAUGUAUUCCACAAGAGCAUUCAUUCGUUUGAAAAUUCUGCUUUUGGAAAGGAUUGCUCAACGCCUAUAUUGCACUUUGCAGGCUAGAAUGUGCAGAAACUACUUUUCAUUACUGUUGACUUCAGUGCUUCCAGCCUAAAAUUUCUCUAUAAGCAAUCAUCAUGAUGCAAUUUAAAGCGAACAUAAUAGUGAUUCUAGUGGAUACCGGUAGGCCCUAUGCUGUAUGUUUAACCAAACUUAUGACUUUUAUUAAUUGAAUAAAAAAUCGUUUUCGGUUUUCCUCUGA